AUGCAAGUCGCACCAGCAGUGGAGCCGGGCGAUGCGGCAGUGUACCUAGUGCUCCGCUGCGCUGUGUAUUUGGUCAACGCCAGCAAGAGCAGGGUGGCACUAAGAUUUCUGGCAAAAGCAGAAGAGACAACAAGAACAGAGGCAGGAGAGCCUUGCACGGUUCAGGACGAUGAUCAGCCUGAAGCAGCAGCUGGUGCUGCUGGGGCCGAGCGAGAGGGAGAAGUUCUUCUCGUCGAUGAUUUGUUGGAGCGGGCUCGGCGGUAUGUAACAGAACUGGAGACCCUUUUAAGGGUAAACACGUUUGUGUUUACUCAACUGGAUAAUGCACUGAAAUUCAUGCUCGUUGCAGAGUUUUUAUGUCUGUGCCUGAUGGAGUUUUCUGCGUUGUACUCCCUCAUGGAAAGAAGGGAGAGGGCCGGCAUGCAAGAAUUAAUAAGUAACAUCUACAUCAAAAUACAGUCUCUUGGCAACAGGAUGAAUUGGCGACAACUUACCCCCGCGCGGCGCCGGCAUAUCCAGUUUCUCUACUCGUUGUUCGACAGGCUCUCAGAGGUCGACCCACCGACAGGGGCUUUUGAAGAGAGGCAGCGCUUGUCAAGAAUGAAGGAGCUGCUUACGCUACAGGAGAUGGCCUUGGGUCAGCUCGACUACGGGUUCUCCGCGCUGAGAGAGUGUGUUGAAAGCGGUAGAAAGCGAAGUGAUGACCCAAAAGCUGGUGCUUCACCAGCCAAAGGUGCUGCUGCAGCUACUCAAGGUGCCGUUGCACCUCCCGACGUGCCUGAAGCCCCCGAAAGUGUUACAGUUCGUUCAGUUUUCAUGGCAAUAGAAAGAACCGCGCACAAGCGCAGGGACCAAAAUCUUAUGGAUAAGCACUUGAGCGCUUGGAUGCGGAUGAAGCAUUACGAAAAACCUCACUACAGCAUUAUGAGCACCCAUCGUCUCCUAAAGGCAACGGGACAACCCAUGCAAACCCAUAAAGAACUCUUAGAAGACCUACAGGCAACUCCCUUAGGGUUGAGAGAUGUAUCCGUGCGGGCCACGUCCGGCACGGGAAUCUACACAGACAAGACGACCGCCUCCUCCUCUGUUCAGGAGGAACCUUCCCAGGAAAAGAAGGAAUCUCCUCAAGAUAAUCACGAUUCUCGUGCCCUAGGGCCGCUGGAACGCCCAUCCCAACACUCACCAACAGGGCCCGGCACUGAGGGACCAAGCCCCGCCGCAGCCUCUCCCGGCACCUCCACUGCUGCUGGUGGUGUUCCUGCAGCUCAGACUAAUCAACCUGCUGUUGAGGCACCCAGUCACGGCGAAACAGUGCCUAUCUAUACAGCGCCCAAUCGACCUCCACAGGUCUCGUCGCCUGCUGCGCCGGGGCAUCUCCAAGGCUCUGCAGUGUCUGCUGCUGCCGAACCUGUUACUGUCCCAUCAGCUGGCGUUCACUCUCCGCAAGCACUGUGGACCACUAAUGCCUCAACUGCCGCUCCUGUCGGGAGAGUUUCCUCCCCCUCUUCGUCCGAUGAAGCGUUACCCAGACCUCCGCCCAGUUCUUUCACAGCAGCUGUUUCUUCUGCAGCUGCUUACUCCCCACAAUCGUUCACUCUGCGAACGCCAAGCACUGCUGCCCAACCUCCUUCUACUUCUCCUGCUUUUGAUACACCACGGGCUUCAGUACCAACUGAACCCUUGCCAACGCCGUCGCCCAGCUCGUCCAGUGCAGCUGUUCCUUCUGCUGCAGCUCUCGCCCAGGAAGCCUUAACAUUGAGCGCGCCAACUGCUGCUGCUCAGCCGGCUGUCUUCUCCGAUCCUCAUUUUGCACCGUGGGUGUCACCAAGCUCCCUUAGCAUAUGGGCUCCCUUGUCAGCCUCACAUUGGUCUCCAGCAGUUUCUGCCCCCACUCAAGGUGGCAUUGACAGCAGCCCACUCCCAUCCAGCCUUUGCCUCCCUCUCCGUGGUUACCGACGCAAUAUCGUUCGGCUUCAGGAACUGCCGGACAAGAAAAUUCUCCGGAGGUUGACACUUGGCCGUUUACCUCGAGAGUAUGGGGACCGCUUGGGACAGUUCCCCCACGACCCCCUCCAGGCUUCUCUCCCAUUGAAGGGCCCGACGGGCGAAGUCAUCCAGGGGUCGCUACAGGACUUGCGCAAGCUGCAGAAUUCUUCAGUGGGGCAGCCCCCAGAUAUCCACCAGUAA